AGCGGCGCCUUUUACUGGAGUAACCGUACCUGAUCUUUCAGCACCUUGCUUUUGCGCCCCUAUCAUCCGGACCUGAGUUGGUCUUUCUUGAACAAUCAACAAGUGUGCGGGUGACUCAAUCCUCCCGAGAAAGUUCUCGAAGUUCUCUCCAACCGCCACUACUGAAAGUUUCGGGCCUCUGCGGGGAAACGAUACGUGACAACGAAUCGAAGUCGGUACUGAUUUAGACGAGCAUCAAAAUGUCUUCCGCCGUUGUGCAUAGCGACGAUCUCAUGGAGCCCACCCUCCAGUCGGUGGUUAACCAGAAGACCCUGCGCUGGAUCUUUGUCGGCGGUAAAGGAGGUGUCGGCAAGACCACGACUUCUUGCUCUCUAGCGAUUCAGCUUGCCAAAGUUCGCAAGUCCGUUCUGCUUAUUUCCACCGACCCCGCACACAACCUGAGCGAUGCUUUCGGACAGAAGUUCGGAAAGGAGGCCCGCCUUGUCGACGGAUACUCGAACCUUAGUGCUAUGGAGAUCGACCCGAACGGCAGCAUUCAAGACCUCUUGGCCAGUGGUGAAGGCCAAGGAGACGACCCUCUUUCUGGCAUGGGUGUCGGUGGAAUGAUGCAGGAUCUGGCGUUCAGUAUUCCCGGUGUCGAUGAAGCUAUGUCUUUUGCCGAAGUCCUGAAGCAGGUCAAAUCUCUGUCCUACGAGGUUAUUGUGUUCGACACUGCACCGACAGGUCACACUCUUCGCUUCCUCCAAUUCCCCACAGUGCUGGAGAAGGCUCUCGCGAAGCUGUCGCAGCUCUCGUCCCAGUUUGGUCCCAUGCUGAACUCGAUUCUUGGUUCUCGUGGUGGUCUGCCGGGUGGCCAGAACAUCGACGAACUGUUGCAGAAGAUGGAGUCCUUGAGGGAGACGAUCAGCGAGGUCAACUCGCAGUUCAAGGACGCCGAUCUGACCACCUUCGUCUGCGUCUGCAUUGCCGAGUUCCUGUCUCUAUACGAAACCGAGCGCAUGAUCCAGGAACUUACCAGCUACAAUAUCGAUACCCAUGCCAUCGUGGUCAACCAGCUCCUGUUCCCCAAACAAAGCAGCGCCUGUGAACAAUGCAACGCACGGAGGAAGAUGCAGAAGAAGUACUUGGAGCAGAUCGAAGAGCUGUAUGAAGACUUCAACGUGGUCAGAAUGCCAUUACUGGUUGAAGAGGUCCGGGGCAAGGAGAAGCUUGAGAAGUUCAGCGACAUGCUUGUCAACCCGUAUGUUCCCCCGGAGGGCAACUAAGGUGGAUUGGCGGAGCAGUUUCAGUAUGAUAUUUGCGGCGAAAUGUUGUUAUUUGGACGAGUCAUGAAAAGAGUAUAGACUAUAAUACACGAAGCAUGAAGAUGCACUCAUUGAAACCCGUGCUUCUGCGGGCUUGCUUAGUUCUGCC